CUCUAUAUAUGGGCUCCAAGACCAAUAGCUCCUAAGUAAAGCUUUGAAGACUCAAGAAAAAAAUGGUUUCCCAUUUCACAUCUCACCACUCUCAUCAAUUCAUCUUCAUCACCCUCACUACCAUUUUCAUCCUCACUUCUUCAUCUUCUGCUGCAACAGAAACACACCCACCACGUCCAUUCAAGAAGAUCUAUGCCUUUGGUGACUCAUUCACUGACACAGGCAACACAAAGUCUGUCACAGGCCCCACUGGUUUUGGUCAUGUAUCAAACCCUCCAUAUGGAACCACUUUCUUUCACCACCCCACAAAUAGGUACUCAGAUGGAAGGCUUGUGAUUGAUUUUGUAGCUGAAACACUGUCUUUACCUUACUUGCCUCCUUACCUUAAAAUCAGAGGCAAUGUUUCUUCUUCUACUUUUGGUGUUAACUUUGCUGUAGCUGGUGCCACAGCUACAAACCAUGCAUUCUUUGUUAAGAACAACCUUACACUUGAUAUCACACCUCAAUCUAUCCAAACUCAGUUGCUUUGGUUCAACAAGUACUUGCAAAGUCAGGGGUGUAAAAAAGCAUCUGCAUCAGAUUGCAAAGAAGCCUUUGAUGAUGCACUCUUUUGGUUUGGUGAAAUUGGAGUCAAUGACUAUGCAUACGCUGUUGGAUCUUCCAUACCAGAUGAUACCCUCAGAAAGCUUGGUAUCACAAGCUUUACUGCGGUUUUACAGUCAUUGCUAGAGAAGGGUGCAAAAUAUGUUGUUGUCCAAGGCCUACCCUUAAGUGGGUGCUUGCCAUUGUCCAUGUCACUAGCUCCUGAAGAUGAUAGAGAUGACAUAGGUUGUGUUAAGAGCGUGAACAACCAGAGCUACGUCCACAAUGCUGUUCUCCAAGCAAAAUUGCAAGAACUCAGGAAGCAAUUUCCCAAUGCUGUCAUUACCUAUGCUGAUUACUGGAAUGCCUACCGCACUGUCAUGAAGAGUCCAAGUCAAUAUGGGUUCAAGGAAUUGUUCAGUUGUUGCUGUGGAAAAGGUGAACCAUACAACUUUGAUUUGUUCACUUCUUGUGGAAUGGCUAAUGUUAGUGCCUGUGCAAACCCUUCAAAGUACGUCAAUUGGGAUGGUGUGCACCUCACUGAAGCUAUGUAUAAGGUGGUUUCAAAGAUGUUCCUCAAUGGGACAUUUAGUCACCCUCCAUUUAGUUACUUGUUGGAUAGAAAAAUCAAACAAGGGUGAACUAUUUGUCACUAUAUUAUGUUAACUAUUGUGAUCUUAAUAGUUGAGCUAUGAAUUGGAAAUAUGUGUGACAAAAUUCAAAUAAUAAUUUUAUGCUACAA